AUGAUCUCCUUGGACAAGAUGCAGAAGACAAUAAACAACCCGGUUGUUCCAUAUAUUGGGACUAUCCUUGGUGGCCUUCAGCCCUUAGAGCUGGUGGUAGUGCAUGGGUUUGUUCCAGAAGAUUCAGAUAGGUUCCAGAUGGACUUCCAGUGUGGGAACAGUGUGAAACCUCGUGCUGACAUCGCCUUUCAUUUCAACCCCCGGUUUAAAAGAUCUGGUUGCGUUGUUUGCAAUACCCUGCAGGAAGAAAGGUGGGGCUUGGAAGAGAUCACCUACGCGAUGCCUUUUGAAAAAGGAAAGUCAUUUGAGAUUGUUUUUAUGGUUCUGCUCGAUAAAUUCCAGGUUGCCGUAAAUGGAAAACAUUUCUUGCUCUACAAGCAUAGAAUUGACCUUGAAAAAAUAAAUACUCUUGGAAUAUAUGGAAAGGUGGAAGUCCAGAUGAUUGAAUUUAUUUCAAAUAAUCCUUUGCAAGGCUCUCAGCCAUCCUUGCUAGGGGCAACCAAGGAAAAGGUGGGAAAUGACACAGUACCUGGGGGAUCACAGUUUGUAGUUCCUUACGUUGCACGACUUAAUUCUGCUGUUGCGCCUGGGCAAACCAUUGUCAUUAAAGGAGAAGUUAAUGAAAAUCCAAAUAGCUUUUCUAUCAACCUUAAACCCAGUGACACAUCAGAUAUUGCGCUGCAUUUGAAUCCCCGAAUAAAAGCUAAAGCUUUUGUAAGGAAUUCCUACCUGUGUGACAGUUGGGGAGAAGAAGAAAGGAGCAUCGACCACUUCCCUUUCUGUCCAGGAAUGUAUUUUGAGCUGAUAAUAUUCUGCGAUGCUCUUCACUACAAAGUUGCUGUGAAUGGUGUGCAUACUCUGGAGUAUAAGCAUCGGUUCAAACAACUGGGCAAGAUUAAUGUAUUGGAAAUCUAUGGGGAUAUUCGACUGCUGGAUGUCAGAAGCUGGUAGCCAUGAAGCAUGUUCUGUUUG